AGCGGUCUCGGCCCUGGCCGUGGCGCGCCCGGCCGCCCUGUGGCCCCCGCUCCCAGGAGCGUGGGUUCGGACUCGGCGGCGUUCUCUCGAGCCCCUCUUUCCCGGCACGGCCGGCGCACUCGGUAUUAAAUCAUCAUCAGUCAAGAUGUCUUCAGCACCCGAGCCUCCAGUCUUUAAACAGGAGCCGCCCAAGAAGAAAGACCCGGGAAACGCAGGGCUCAGAGGGGUCCGCACCACAGCCUUAUUUCGAGCUGUGAAUCCAGAGCUCUUCAUUAAACCUAACAAACCUGUAAUGGCUUUCGGAUUGAUAACCCUUUCGCUUUGCGUGGCUUAUAUCGGUUACCUACAUGCGACGCAGGAGAAUAAGAAGGACCUCUAUGAAGCUAUUGAUAGUGAGGGACACAGUUAUAUGAGGCGGAAAACCUCUAAAUGGGAUUAACUGAGCUGGUUGCUGCAAAUGAAGGUUUCCUGGGAGCUCUGAAAUCUUCAGCUGAAGAUUAGGACCGCACAGUGUCUUCUUUCUUAUUCCGGAAGAUGCUGCUGAGGAGGAAGGAGGGCGAUUGCAGCCAGACCCCUGGAGUGAAUGUGGUCCUUUCAAAACGGAGCCCUUGUCGCAUUCUUCUUCCCAGAGGAAGAGCUGUUCGGUGUUUUAAUUUUAUUAAAUCCUCUUUUAAAAAGUGCCAUGAAAAUGGAAGUCAUUUUUGUAAAUUAUAAAGUUCUGUCCAAUAAAAGUACUGCUGCUCUUAAA